AUGGUUGCAGAAGAAGUGCUUACAGACUCCGAGGUGUUCGUCAUGAAGUGUGGUGAAGCGCUCCUGCUGCUGCUCUCAGGUGAUGCUGGCCGUUACAUCCUGGUGCAGGACUCGAGGAGCUUUCACGGCGCUCGGUCCUACUGCAGGGAGAGGUACACAGACCUGAGCACCGUCAACAGCGUGGUGAACAACACGGAGAUCGUGACUCUGCUGGCGUCAGGCAUGCAUGAUAGUUAUUCAGUGAAUGGAAAUAAAUGGCCGAUUCCCUCUUUGUCACGUGCCUGGAUUGGUUUGAGCAACAGCUGGGAGUGGUCCGAUGGCAGCGACGUCCAGCUCCUGCCUCUGACUUUGCAAUCAGGAGAUGGGGACUGUGUGAUGGUGGACCGAUCAUCAUCAUCGUGGAUUUUCCAGCCAUGCAGUAAUACCCACCCCUUCCUCUGCUACCAGGAUGUCCAAACUCCAGUGUGGCAGCGCAGCGUGAAGGUUCAGCUGAGCGCGGGCUCUGCAGACCUGAACGACCCCGCAGUGCAAGAGUCCAUCCUGCAGCAGGUCAGAGGUCACACGACACCCUGUUCCUGCAGCAGAGCCCCACCAAACUGCAGCCUCUUGCAUCUUUAAAAUAAAAGCCAGAGGAUCAUUUGGUGGCAUUUUCCUCUAGUCUGCAUGUCCUCAGUCAGCAAGAAAGAAAAUACUCAAUGACAACCGUGUUAGCAUAAAUUCAAGAAUUUAAGAAUGAAAUUCAGUGAUCACUCAGUGAUUGUGCUGGUUAUAAAUCAGUCACUGUGUCUUCAUCAGGUUUCAAACACUUUUUGACUUCACACACUGUCAUAAUGUGUGAAAACUGUGUUUCAGGUGAGGGAGAAGCUGGUGGAGCAAGGAGUCACUGAGGAGGUGAAGCUGAGGUGGAGGACGCAGCCUGAUGGGAAGGUUUUCCACAGAGAGGAGGAGACAGCCGGUUACUGUGAGGAAGACUGUGGGUCGGUUUAGUCUGCACACCAGGAAGUGACAUCAUCUGUGUAUUCAUUAUCACUGGCUGAUGUCUUAAUGAUAAAUCGAUUACGUCUUUUAAUCUGUAGAAGUUACCUGACUGACAAAUAUCAGUAGCUAGCUCCUAAAUUAUUGUGUAUAUUAGGGUUAGUAAUCGAGUAUAUGUAUGAGUAAUGUUUGAAGAGUAAUUACUCUGUAGAUUAGUGUUGCUGGACCUCUAAUCACGACUCUCUGCUUUGAGGGUCCUGCUGUGAGGAAACAGGUGCAAAUGGUUUACUUUUUAUUAACUAUGAUUUUUCUUCUUCAGCUGUUUUUCUCAAUGCAUGAAAUUGUAAUUUUCAUCUUAUGAACUAAAUAAAAGAGCAACUUUACACACCUCUA